UCCUGAGGCCCACCUGUCAGGGAUGUAUCUGAGAAAACACCUGUUUGGGGGUAUCUCCGUGGGGAAACAUCGGUAAACGUCCGGGAUGAAGGGGCGCCUGCAAGGACCACCUUUAAAUAAAAGCAUCUAGAAGAGGCUUGUGUGUCUGAGACGCACCUGUUUGGGCAAAAGCUGAGUGGAAACCAGUCCUUAAUGGCUGUAUCUUUGGAUAAAGAACGACGUUAAUAAGACGACCCUCCUCUUGGGGACUGCAGGGUGAAGAGGGAUGGUUGCAGGCAAAGUAAUCCCUUUUAGGGUAUAGAGUGAUGGGUAAGCAUCCCAGGUCUGGAUAGAUUCUUGCUGUGCGCCCUUACUGGGCACGUGGACUGGGGAGAGCACCAUCGGCUCCCGUUUCCUCCUCCGGGAAGUGGGCAAGCCGGAGUCCCACCUACCUCACAGGGCUUGGCGAGGGAGGGCGACCCGAGAGGUGAGUAAAAGGCCUGGCAUGAGCAACGCUCUGUGGCCGUGUUAGCUGUUGUUCUUAGUCGCUGUCUGGUGACCUGGGCGCCCCUCCCCCUAAUGAUACAUAGAGAAACUGCGCCCGAAACCAGUGGGAGGGAGGGAUACUCGGCAGCUGCCGUGGGCACGCACCACCAGCUGGGGCCCCUCCUGCUGCGCUCCGCUACCCACCCGGUGCAGGUGCCCAGCCGCGCCCGGGACACUGAGACUCCCCCCCCUCUCCCCGCGCCCCCACCCAAGGCUGGGCAGGAGAGAGCACUCCGCCCGGCGCCUGGGUGGGGCGGCGGCCCCGGAAGACUGCCUGCCUACGGGGCGAGCCCGGGGAGGCGGAGCCCGCGGCUGCCCGGGGUGGGUGGGCCCGGCGGGCCCGGCGGGCAAGGCUCCCGGGGUUCUGGCGAAUGGGAAGCGGCUUUGCCGCUGCGCCGCGCGUUGGUCUUCCGUUUCCCGGGCCGCAAGGGGCCGAGAAAGGAGGCGAGCGGACGGGUGCCGGGCCGGGAGGCAGCGAGGCGCCGGGUCCCCGGGUUUCCGUGGCCGCGGGGGGAUGUGCGGGGAGCGGCGAGCAGGCGGAGGGCCAGGUGGCGCCGGGCUGGUUCUGGACCGUGUCUGGCGAAAACGAGAGCUUCUUAGGAGUGGGGGGAAAUGGGGUGUCAGUGGGAAAGACAGGGCGAAGCCCAAUCCCUGGUAGCUCCCCCUGCCUUGCCACCGUGGGCGGAAGGUAAACCGAGGCACGCAGAGGCGAGACGCUGAACGGGGAACGGAGACCCCUGAUCUAGCCAGCCCUUCUCCCCUCUCCCCAGCACGAACCCCCGUGCUCCCUGGGCUGUGCCAGCCCCGAACAUCCAUCCCUGACAGCCCUCCCCACGCCCCCAGCUCCGCCCCAGCUCCUCCCCCGGAGGGUCGGGCAGGCGACGCGGGUUCUGACGCGGGCGGCGACGGCCAGCACUCACCGCCUCGAGCCCGAGCCCGGCGGCAGCGCGGAGGGAGGCUGCGGUAGCGGUGGCCGCGGUGCCGGCCCUGUGGGGCCCCGGGGGGGAGGGGGUGCAGCGAAGCCCCGGCUGAGGCCGCCGCCGCCGGGCCUCCCUCCCCCCCGGAGGGCGCCAUGCGGGGGGGCCCGGGCGAAGCGGAGCGGCGGCAGCGCUGGGGUCGCCUCUUCGAGGAGCUGGACCGCAACAAGGACGGCCGCGUGGACGUGCAGGAGUUGCGCCAGGGGCUGGCCCGGCUGGGCGGGGGCGACCCGGACCGAGGCGCCCAACAGGGCCUCUCCCCAGAGGGUGGUGCUGACCCAGAUGGCGGGCUGGACCUUGAAGAGUUUACCCAAUACCUGCAGGAGCGGGAACAGCGCCUGCUGCUCCUUUUCCACAGUCUGGAUCGGAAUCAGGAUGGUCACAUCGAUGUCUCUGAGAUCCAGCAGAGUUUCCGAGCUCUGGGCAUUUCUAUCUCUCUGGAGCAGGCCCAGAAAAUUCUGCACAGCAUGGACCGUGAUGGCACUAUGACUAUCGACUGGCAGGAAUGGCGAGACCACUUCCUGUUGCAUUCAUUGGAGAAUAUGGAAGACGUGCUCUACUUCUGGAAACAUUCCACGGUCCUGGACAUCGGCGAGUGCCUGACUAUCCCUGAUGAGUUUUCAGAGCAGGAGAAGCUGACGGGCAUGUGGUGGAAGCAGCUGGUGGCCGGUGCAGUGGCGGGCGCCGUGUCACGGACAGGCACAGCCCCUCUGGACCGCCUCAAGGUCUUCAUGCAGGUCCAUUCCUCCAAGACCAACCAGCUGAACAUCCUGGGGGGCCUACGGAACAUGGUCCAAGAGGGGGGCGUGCUCUCUCUCUGGCGUGGCAACGGGAUCAAUGUGCUCAAGAUUGCACCUGAGUCAGCUAUCAAGUUCAUGGCCUAUGAGCAGUUCAAGCGGGCCAUUCGGGGACAGCAGGAGACACUGCAUGUGCAGGAGCGCUUUGUGGCUGGAUCCUUGGCUGGUGCCACAGCUCAAACCAUCAUUUACCCCAUGGAGGUACUAAAGACACGGCUGACCCUUCGCCGGACGGGCCAGUACAAGGGGCUCUUCGACUGUGCAUGGCGGAUCAUGGAGCGAGAAGGGCCCCGUGCCUUCUACCACGGCUACCUGCCCAACGUGCUGGGCAUCAUUCCCUACGCAGGCAUCGACCUGGCCGUCUACGAGACCCUGAAGAACCGGUGGCUCCAGCAAUAUAGCCACGACUCGGCUGACCCGGGCAUCCUCGUGCUCCUGGCCUGUGGCACUAUCUCCAGCACUUGUGGCCAGAUAGCCAGUUACCCCCUGGCCCUGAUCAGGACCCGUAUGCAGGCCCAAGCCUCCAUUGAGGGCGCCCCCCAGUUCUCCAUGCUGGGUCUGCUCCGUCACAUCCUGUCCCAGGAGGGCAUGCCAGGCCUCUACAGGGGCAUCGCCCCCAACUUCAUGAAGGUUAUCCCAGCUGUGAGCAUCUCCUAUGUGGUCUACGAGAACAUGAAGCAGGCUCUGGGGGUCACGUCCAGGUGAGGGAUCCAGAGCCGCCCUCACUAAGAUUCCUCACCUCAGUCAUGAUGACCCUACACCUCAACCACUGGAGACUGAUGGCCCAGCCAGUGGAUCCCACUCAAACCACAGGAUCCCUAUACUUCAUCCUCUGGGUUCUGCAUCCCACAUCCCACCUACUGGAUCCAUGUUUCCCUGUCUCCCUUCCUCUCUUUUCUCCCCACUACCCACACACACACACUGGGUCCUAGGCCUCCAUGUCUUAACCACUGGAUCCCCCACAACUCAUCUGAUGAAUCCUGAAACCCUAACCACAGGAGCACAUAUCCCUUUAAGCACCCAGACCCCAGCUCCCUCAGGCACCAGAUCCAGUUUCCUCCUACAGCACUAGAUCCCAGAUCCCCAGCCCCACUAGCAGAUUCCAGACCUCCAUGCUCCAAUCCCUGGAUUCCCAAAUUUGGCCACUGGAUCCUGAAUAUUAAGAAACCUCAGCCACCAGUUCCUGGCCAUGUAAUGCCCAGAUCCUGGGGCCCCCACUACUGGAUCCUAUAUCCCCUCAUUCCAGCCAGUGGAUUCCUGACUCCCUUUACCUCACUGGGUCCCAGAUCCCUCUGCUUUGACUGCCAGAUCCCUAUAUUUAAACCACUGUACCCUCAGCCCCUAGCCCACGGGAUUCCAGAUCCACAAGCCCUGAGACACCGGCUCCUAAAACCACAAUCACGAGAGCCCAGUGCAGAGCGACUGGGUCCUGGCAACUGCAGCAGUUGGCUCUCUAAUCCCUUCACACAGGCCCUGGAUAUUGAAACUCCACCCUCAAGAAACAGACCCUGACAUUCCCAGGCACUGGCUCCCACCUCCUUAGCCCCUGGAUUCUGACCUGAAUCCUCCCAGACACUGGCUCAGAUCCCAUAUCUAGAUCCCAGUGGGCUAAUCACAGCAAAAUGGCCCCAUAUGUCCCCUAACCCAGACACGCAUGAGAGCCCAGAGACCUUCCCCACCACAACACAGACCUGGGAGCCUGUAGGAACUUCACGUCCUCUGGCUCCAGAAAACCCAUGGGACUAGUUCAAUGUCCUGAUAUGGCUAGCUGCCCCUCUCAUGCCUUGCACAGACACUGGAUCCCCCUACUUCCCCAGCAUGGCCAUGCCUCUGGGCCCUAUGGGGACCUUGCUCCCACAACCCUCUGCAGCGUCUUCCAUUCCCCACCUUAUGAGCUGAUAACUCCCAGAGCCUAGGUGCUCUGGAGGGUCCUGCUGCUCGCUCUUGGGGGCUGGCAGUGAGGCAAUGUGAGGUGGGGGACACAUUAAGGGGACCUCCCCCCAGCUCAGCACUACCAGCCUCUCAGGCUUCAGAGGUGGAAGCCAAGAGCAAGUUUGUCUACACAGAGCAACCUUCCAAUCAUGCAAAACCAAUCAACCCCCCAGAACUCACUCCAGGUCUACUUUCCUAUGGAGAAGAGCAGACAUUCCCUCCCCCCCCCCCAACCCCCAACUAACCCAAGCCCCAACACCCCAUAUACAUUCUGCACUUUAUAGUUGAAUUCUUAAUUGGGGGACCCCUUCCGCCACUCUUCCCAAGUCCUUGGAGAACCCAUUAAAGGACUACAGAAGAGGAACCACUGUGGUGGGUAAAGGACCUCCCCAAUGCUUCCACCUCUCCCCACCUAUACCGUGCCCCACAUCCCUGCCUGUAUGUGUUAUUUCAAAGCAAAAGAACAAAAAGAAUACAUUUCUAAGCUCUUUUCAUUGUGGUUUUUACUGAAAGGGGCGGGUGGAGGUGGGAUACCCUCAAACUACCCACAGGAAAAAGACAUGGACCAUCUUCCAUCACUCACAGCUGGAGGAGACCAAGAAAUGACUCCUUGAGCCUCAGCUUCCACAUCUGUAAAGUGGGGCAAGAAGUGCAUAUGCAGGAGCCCUUCUAAUCGUUUUUGUAUUGUUCCUAUUUACACAAGUGUUUCCUGGGGCUGUCAUAACAAGUUACCACCAAUGGGGUUUAAAACAACACAUUUUAGAUUGAUAUUUUGUAUUGUGGUAAGAUACACAUAACAUAAAAUUUACCACUUCAAUCAUUUUUUU